UGCUCUCGGUCCAGCUGUGUCCUCAUCACCUCAUCAUCUUCAGUGUGGGUCCGCAGUCUCUGGUCAUCUCCUGUACUGUGUCCGCAGUCUCUGUCAUCCCCUGUACGUGUCCCGCAGUCUCUGGUCAUCUCCUGUCCUGUACUGUGUCCGCAGUCUCUGGUCAUCUCCUGUACUGUGUCCGCAGUCUCUGGUCAUCUCCUGUACUGUGUCCGCAGUCUCUGGUCAUCUCCUGUACUCCGCAGUCUCUGGUCAUCUCCUGUACUGUGUCCGCAGUCUCUGGUCAUCUCCUGUACUGUGUCCGCAGUCUCUGGUCAUCUCCUGUACUGUGUCUGCAGUCUCUGGUCAUCUCCUGUACCUGUGUCUGCAGUCUCUGGUCAUCUCCUGUACUGUGUCUGCAGUCUCUGGUCAUCUCCUGUACUAUGUCCGCAGUCUCUGGUCAUCUCUGUACCUGUGUCUGCAGUCUCUGGUCAUCUCCUGUACUGUGUCCGCAGU